CAAUGUAUUAUACUAGACUAAAUAGUGAAUGGUUAGAAAGAGAACUGAUUGUACGAUUAUAGUGAUGAUGAUAUAAUGGGAGUGCUUUUUUUCGAAUAGAUUUCGUCGGUUACGCAUAUCGGAUACGUGCUCAAAAAAGUCAAAAUCAUGAAAUAAGGUCAUUUUUAUGAGUUUUGAGUAUAUUAAAAAGAUAAAAUGCGUUGGAUUGAUUUCGAGUCUUAUGAGGACCAUUCUAUUGAUUUAUGUAUUCUUUGUUUAGAUGUACAACAUGUUUAAAUUCUUUAUAUCGUUUUCCCCGUUAUAAUGAUCCAUUUAAAUUAUUAGAAACACGUUGUGGCCGAUGUGGUGAAUAUGCAAUUAUGUUUUCUGCUAUAUGUCGUGCCUAUUCCUAUUUGACUCGUCAUGUAUACGAUACAACAGAUCAUGUAUGGACAGAAAUCUAUUCGUAUGAGCAAAAAAAAUGGUUACAUUGUGAUUCAUGUGAAAAUUUAUGUGAUUCACCACAUGUCUAUGAAGUAGGUUGGAAAAAAACGUUAACAUAUAUCAUUGCAUUUUCUCAAGAUCAUGUACAAGAUGUGACAUGGCGAUAUGUAACAAAUUUUUUAAAAACAAGAGAGCAAAGAAAAUUGUGUAAUGAAAAAACGUUAAGAAAAACAAUUGAAAAAAUUAAUUUUAAAUUAAAAACAAAUAUGAACGAUGGAGAGAGAAAACAGUUAAUAAAACGUUCAGUUGAAGAAUUAGCAUCGUUUCUAAGGGAAUCAAUAUCAAAUAAAGAAAGUGAUUUUCAAGGAAGACAAAGUGGUUCAUUAUUAUGGCGAAUUAGUCGGAGAGAAACUGAACUACCGAGCAAUAGCAAAUGUGAUUAUAUUUAUCACAUUACGAAUGAUGAAUGUGAAAUAGGUCAAUGUCAAUUUGUCUAUGAUUCUGCUACUGAUAAAUAUUAUCGAAAUCAAGUGUUUGAUUGUGACAACUGGUUAACACGCUUAUCUAGUUGUAAAAAUAUUCAACGAAAAGUUGAACACGAUUGGAAUAUGUGUUAUAUAGCAAGAAAAACAAACGAGAAUAUGGGAAUAAUCCAGUGGAAUAUACAGUUGCCAAAUGAAGAUUAUGAAAUUAAGAAUGUUCAUGUUAAAUAUCCAUUUACAUGUUUUGAUUCAGGAAAAGUACAAUGGCAAAUAGAGUAUUUUGAUAACAAGAAAACAGCAUACUCGCAAGACUUACCCACAAAUGACAGUAAGAAUGAAUAUGAUUUGAGAAUUGAUUCAAUAUCAUGUCAGAACAUUCGUAUUUUGGCCACAUUGUCUGGUGGUGAUGGUGACUGCGCAUGGCAAAAAGCGCAAUUGUUUCGACAAUCGACGGAAGUUGAAAACAAAAAUGAUCAACGUUUGUUUUCUGUACAAAUUUUCAUACAAAAACGAUCUACGGCUGAAUAA